GCUGGGCCGGGCGCUACUUAACGCGGCCCCCAUGUCCUGGAGCGCGCCGAGCGGAGCGGAGCCAGGAGCCCGAGCGAGAUGAUGAUGGUUAUGCAGCCCGAGGGUCUGGGGACCGGGGAGGGGCCCUUCGCGGGCGACGGCGGCAGGGGCGGCGAGUACAUGGAACAGGAGGAGGACUGGGACCGCGACCUGCUGCUGGACCCGGCCUGGGAGAAGCAGCAGCGGAAAACCUUCACUGCCUGGUGCAACUCACACCUGCGCAAGGCUGGCACCCAGAUCGAGAACAUCGAGGACGAUUUCCGCAACGGCCUCAGACUCAUGUUGCUCCUGGAGGUCAUUUCAGGCGAGAGGCUGCCCAGGCCAGACAAAGGCAAGAUGCGCUUCCACAAGAUCGCCAACGUCAACAAGGCCCUGGACUUCAUUGCCAGCAAGGGGGUUAAGCUGGUGUCCAUCGGUGCCGAAGAGAUUGUUGACGGGAACCUGAAGAUGACCCUGGGCAUGAUCUGGACCAUCAUCCUUCGCUUCGCCAUCCAGGACAUCUCCGUGGAAGAAACCUCGGCCAAGGAGGGCUUACUCCUGUGGUGUCAGCGGAAGACGGCGCCGUACCGCAACGUCAACGUGCAGAACUUCCACACCAGCUGGAAGGAUGGCCUGGCCCUCUGUGCUCUCAUCCACCGGCACCGCCCCGACCUCAUUGACUACGCCAAAUUGCGCAAGGAUGACCCCAUCGGCAACCUGCAGACUGCCUUCGAGGUGGCAGAGAAGUACCUGGACAUCCCCAAGAUGCUGGAUGCAGAAGACAUCGUGAACACCCCAAAGCCCGAUGAGAAGGCCGUCAUGACCUAUGUUUCCUGCUUCUACCAUGCCUUCGCGGGGGCGGAGCAGGCAGAGACAGCCGCCAACAGGAUCUGCAAGGUGCUGGCCGUGAACCAGGAGAACGAGAAGCUGAUGGAGGAGUACGAGAAGCUGGCCAGUGAGCUGCUGGAAUGGAUCCGCCGCACCGUGCCGUGGCUGGAGAACCGCAUGGGCGAGCCCAGCAUGAACGCCAUGCAGCGCAAGCUGGAGGACUUCCGGGACUACCGGCGCCUGCACAAGCCGCCCCGCGUGCAGGAGAAGUGCCAGCUGGAGAUCAACUUCAACACCUUGCAAACCAAGCUGCGGCUGAGCCACCGGCCCGCCUUCAUGCCAUCUGAGGGCAAGCUGGUCUCGGACAUCGCCAAUGCAUGGCGGGGGCUGGAGCAAGCGGAGAAGGGCUAUGAGGACUGGCUGCUCUCGGAGAUCCGGCGCCUGCAGCGGCUGCAGCACCUGGCAGAGAAGUUCCAGCAGAAGGCCUCCCUGCACGAAGCCUGGACCCGGGGGAAGGAGGAGAUGCUGAGCCAACGCGACUACGAGUCGGUUUCGCUGCAGGAGGUGCGGGCGCUGCUGCGGCGCCACGAGGCCUUUGAGAGCGACCUGGCGGCGCACCAGGACCGCGUGGAGCACAUCGCCGCGCUGGCCCAGGAGCUCAAUGAGCUAGACUACCACGAGGUGGCCUCGGUGAACAGCCGCUGCCAGGCCAUCUGCGACCAGUGGGACAACCUGGGCACGCUGACCCAGAAGAGGCGGGAUGCGCUAGAGAGGAUGGAGAAGCUCCUAGAGACCAUCGACCAGCUGCAGCUGGAGUUUGCCCGGCGGGUAGCGCCCUUCAACAACUGGCUGGACGGCGCCGUGGAGGACCUGCAGGACGUGUGGCUGGUGCACUCAGUGGAGGAGACCCAGAGCCUGGUGACAGCACAUGACCAGUUCAAGGCGACAUUGCCCGAGGCCGACCGAGAGAGGGGAGCCAUCCUGGGCAUCCAGGGUGAGAUCCAGAAGAUCUGCCAAACGUAUGGGCUGCGGCCCAGCUCCGCCAACCCCUACAUCGCCCUCAGCCCGCAGGACAUCAACACCAAGUGGGACAUGGUCCGAAAGCUGGUACCCAGCCGUGACCAGACGCUGCAGGAGGAGCUGACAAGGCAACAGGUGAACGAGAGGCUCCGGCGGCAGUUUGCAGCCCAGGCCAACGCCGUCGGGCCCUGGAUCCAGGCGAAGGUGGAGGAAGUGGGGCGCCUGGCAGCGGGAAUGGCCGGCUCUCUGGAGGAGCAGAUGGCGGGGCUGCGGCAGCAGGAGCAGAACAUCAUCAACUACAAGAGCAACAUCGACCAGCUGGAGGGUGACCACCAGCUGCUGCAGGAGAACGUGGUGUUCGACAAUAAGCACACCGUCUACAGCAUGGAGCACAUCCGUGUGGGCUGGGAGCAGCUGCUCACCUCCAUUGCCCGCACCAUCAACGAGGUAGAGAACCAGAUACUGACCCGAGACGCCAAGGGCCUGAGCCAGGAGCAGCUCAAUGAGUUCCGGGCAUCCUUCAACCACUUUGACCGGGUCAGCAGGGGCUUAGCCCUGUGCGGUGGUGGACUUAGGGACAGCGGGGGGGGGGGGGGGUGUUGGGGACUGAGCCUGACAUCUGCUCCCUCACCACAGAAGCGGAAUGGCAUGAUGGAGCCUGAUGACUUCCGGGCCUGCCUCAUCUCCAUGGGCUACGACCUGGGGGAAGUGGAGUUUGCUCGAAUCAUGUCCAUGGUGGACCCCAACGCAGCUGGGGUCGUGACCUUCCAGGCCUUCAUCGACUUCAUGACCCGAGAGACAGCCGAGACCGACACGGCUGAGCAGGUUGUGGCCUCGUUCAAGAUCCUGGCGGGAGACAAGAACUACAUCACGCCUGAGGAGCUGCGGCACGAACUCCCAGCUGAGCAGGCCGAGUACUGCAUCCGCCGCAUGGCGCCCUACAAGGGGGCCGGAGCUCCGGCUGGAGCCCUGGACUAUGUGGCCUUCUCCAGUGCCCUCUACGGGGAGAGCGACCUCUGACCUAGACCCCUGACGUUCUCUAUGCAAGUCCGGAGAGAGAGUGCUUCCUCUGGCUGAUCCCAUCCAUCCCUCGGAGCAAGUGCCCUAGAGAAUGACCGGCUAAGUGUUUCUCAAUAAAAAGCCAUAGUGGGCC